AUGCCUCGUGCUGUGGUUAUCAGAGUUGCCGGACCAUUCAAUCUAAGAUCAACUCGAAGUGAGCUGAGUUGGCCCACCUCUAUUAUCACAGACUUAUUUAAAUAA